AUGGCUCGUCAACAACGUCGUGCUGCCCCUGCGCGCAGCGCUCCCACCCGUCCUACCGCCGCUCCUGCUCGGCCCGCGGCUCCUCCCUCGCAGCAGCAGUCGCAGCCUCACUCGACCGCCGCUCACCCCCCACAGGCCCAGCAGGCACCUCCCGUGCAGCAGAGCGCCGGCCCUGGUCUGUUCGGCCAGAUGGCCUCGACCGCAGCUGGUGUUGCUGUCGGCUCCUCCAUCGGCCACGCCAUCGGUGGCUUCUUCGGCGGUGGCUCUAGCGCCCCCGCUGAGGCCCAGCAGGCUCCCAUUGCUCAGUCCCAGGCUAUGGACAACGGCCUCUACCAGAGCAACGCCGCCCAGAACUCGUACGAGAACCCUGCCUGUGAGGUUGACGUCCGUAACUUCCGCACUUGCAUGGAUGAGAACCAAGGUAACCUGAGCAUCUGCGGUUGGUACCUUGAUCAGCUGAAAGCUUGCCAGGCCGCCGCCAAGCCUUACUAA